AUGUCGGGUUCCGUGGUCGAUCCAGGCGCAGAUAGCCUCAAUCAUGGAGUGCUAGCCAACCGCGCUGUAGCUGAAAUCUGCAAAGUUGUUGACGAUGGCUAUGCGGUUGUACACCUAAAGAUGUCCCAAAGCCACAAGGAGAACGAAUUUCUCCGGAGGAAAAUGAAAUUGAUGGAACUUCAGAUCACCAGGUUUCGGUCUGAGAGAACAAAAUUUCAGAUGGGUCCGUCCAAAAUCGCUUCCAUGGAAUACGCCUCUAAACAGACACAACAAUCGAGAGACGGCAACGACAGGACCUACUUGGCAAAGCAGAGCCAGACUUUCCAACAGGAGUUUUGGAAACAGCAGCAUACCAAGAGACAGACAGCCCAUAGACGUGGACCAAGAGAUGUCUCUCCAUCAAAGCAUAUGGAUGCUACAAGUGAUGAGCAGUCAGCAGAGACAGAGGAAAGGGAACCAGACCUGCUGAUCAUCAAGGAUGAGGGAGAAGCAGAUGACCAGAAAUCUAGGUCCAGACAACCAGCCAGAACAGUGGAGGGCAGCAGAGAGCUAACCACCCAACUGACUGCAGCCACCACAAGACCCGCCUUCCAGCCCAGAGGUCCCAGAGGCAACGACUACAACAACACCGCUAUGGAGCAGUCAGCAGAGACAGAGGAAGGGGAACCAGACCUGCUGAUCAUCAAGGAUGAGGGAGAAGCAGAUGACCAGAAAUCUAGGUCCAGACAACCAGCCAGAACAGUGGAGGGCAGCAGAGAGCUAACCACCCAACUGACUGCAGCCACCACCAAGGAUCCCGCCUUCCAGCCCAGAGGUCCCAGAGGCAACAACUACAACAACACCGCUAUGGAGCAGUCAGCAGAGACAGAGGAAGGGGAACCAGACCUGCUCAUCAUCAAGGUGGAGGGAGAAGCAGAUGACCAGGACUCUAGGAUCAGUCACCCAGCCAGAACAGUGGAGGGCAGCAGAGAGCUAACCACCCAACUGGCUGCAGCCACCACAGAGAACCCCGCCUUCCAGUCCAGUGGCCCCAGAGGCAACAACAACAUCGCUAUGGAGGUCAGUGGAUCUGACGUCGUCUUCCAGUCAGAAACAGGGAAUGUGAACCAGGGACUCCAGCACCACACAGGACUUGAACCCAGAGCAGAGAGACCGAGUCUGGACACUAAGUGUGACAUGUACGGGGGCCUCAAUCUCCUAAGAGAUUCUUUAAACCAGGUGUGCAGAGAGGUAGUAGUGACUGAUGAUGGCGCCUCUGCUGCUCACACUAAAGUAAUGGACCUAGGGAGUGGCCCAUUGGGCCCAGAAACACAAACUAGCUCAGACAUAGAAAUGAGAGGUGUAGGGUUAGAAAACCUCAGGUUUCCCCCAAGUCAUUCCAUUCCUCAUCAGAACACGUGAUAGUGAUUGACUCUGUAUCAGUGGGCAGCAGGUAGAUAGAGAUUUUGAGUGGGGUCAGGUGGGUACAGCUAUACUACACAGGUCAAUGGGACUGGAAAUACGCAGGGAGAGGGAGUGUUUGAGAGGAACGCACCUACGAUGGCAAGCCUCCAUAGACACUCUGAAAUACCAGGAAGGGGAGUUCAACAACCAGCUCAUACCUCACUUCCUGUCGGCCAUUUUAGACAAAGCGCCACAACUUCGUCUCACUCGAGUAAUCUUGCCACACACGUUAGACCUGGCACCAUAGAGCGAUUAUACGGUUGCCUGAGCUGCCAUCAGAAGUUUGUCCACGAGAGUGACUUGCGUCAGCACGCGGUCAUCCACACCAGAAAGCGGGCAUUCGCCUGCAACUUGUGUGAGAAGAGCUUUAUGUCCCGCACCGAUCUCCAAAUGCACCUGAACGUCCACACUGGGGAAAGCCUUCAGUUGUGCACAUUGCGGACGCAGGUUCUCUCACUCCAGCAAUCUGAAAAGACAUCAGAAGCUUCAUCAUUGAGAAAUUGGACAGAAGCAAGAGAUUCCUAUUGAAAAAAGCUGUUAUAUUAAUAUCAUGAGUUCAAACUUGAUUUGUUCUACAGUGCAUUCGUGAAGUAUUCUAUCUAUACACACUACCCCAUAAUGACAAUGCAAAAACAGGUUAUACAUUUUUGCAAGUGU